AUGGAUGCCAUGUUGGACACGGGAAGCGCGCUAAAAGACGAGCAGCGUGGGCAGCCAGCCCCAGAUAGCAAGCAGUUACAUGGAGAGGUCCAGCCUCCACAAAGAAUUCGUACUAAGCUAGCCCGCCCACGUUUAUUCGGCUGCGAGCACAAGAGAGAGAAGCGGAUAUGGAUAUCAAAGGGGAGAAGGACGUCGCCCCUAGUAGCCGCUCUGGUCUGGCACGUCACUUUGAGCCCAGUGCCCGAUGGUGGGCGCUUUGGGCGGGUCUCUGUCGAGGUCCGGGAUUUAAUAUGUAGAGAUGCGUGUUUACAUGCACAUCAUUUGACGGCGCAGAGAUGGGCGAUCAUGAGACAAUCCCUUGCUGGAGCCACACUCCCGACAGACUGGAUUCUGACAUGCCAUGGUGGUACGCCAGCGCCGUUAUGGCGGGGCAAGAGGCUGCUUAGCCCUAGCGACGCCAUCUUGUGUCCUGUGCGAGGACGGCCGUCAGAGGGCAGGAUUUUGGGUUUGUGGUGGUUUUGCUUGGUGCCCGCGCGCUUGCAAGCAUCCACGGCCUUUGGUUCCCCCUCCUUACGGGAGCGCUCCGAGUGGGAGAUGACCGCUUGCGACGAGGACGAAGAGGAGGAGCAGCAGGAGGAGUCGAGAGAGAAGAGGGGAGUCGACAAGCAAGCAAACAAGCACAGCACGGUACAUGCAUGAGCCGGGGCGCGUUCCGACAGACAGUGCAGAUUCGAAUUCAGACUCUGACACCCCGGUCUGUUGCCAUGUGGUUUCUAGUCCCAGGUCCGGGGUGUUAAAA